AUAUGAAAUAUAUCAUCGUCCAAGCUACUACAGAAAUAUUGUGGAAAGGGUUGCAUCUUGGCCAUCCAUGAAACUUCUGUCCCUUUAAAGACUGUUGGUAUGGUAACUGAAGAUGCCUCCAGGGCAGGAGAUCUGGUGUAGAUCCCUGAAACGAGGAGGCAAACCCUGUUUCCCUCUCCUCCAAAAUGAGAUUUCCCCAUCUGUUUUGACAUCUUCCGGUAGGUGGGGAUGUGUGGACACUUGGGAGGUCCAGGGCCCAAGGCUGUGGUAAUCUACAUGAAUCAACCAAGCAGAAUGCAUGCAUCAGCAUCCCAGGAUAAGAACCGGAGGAAGCCAAGUCAUAAUGAAGGUGCUCACAAUCCUGACUAUGAGAAUAUAACCUUGGCCUUCAGAAACAAGGACCAGCUCAAACUCAGCCAAUCGACACCCACAAAACAAGCCAAGUUCAAGACAUCCCUGGACACAGCCCAGCCCCCUCCUCAGUUGUACAGAACCAUUAUGAUGUUGUAUGUUCUCCUCGCUCUCAUCUUUUUAUCCUGCAUCGUCCUCUCUGCUUUGGUCUUGGUGAAAAACUCUGAGAUGUCCAAGGAGCUGUGGAUGUUGAAAGAAAACCUAUUUAAUGACACGGUGUUGAAUAUUCGGGAGCUCCAGAAUCAGCAAAAUAGUGUUUGGGAAGCUGUCCAGAGGAACAUUGGGGAGGUCAAGAAGACCGUGAGCAGCAUCCAGAGUGGAAACGACAAGCUGAAGACAGUGCCAGCAGAUAUAACCCAAAUCAAGAAAACCCUUGAGGCGCUAGAGAAGAAGGCGCAGCCUCAGCCCAGUACAUAAGAGGACACCACAGCCUCCAAAUGCGAGGACUCCGAAUUGCACCUGCUAGUGAAGAUGGCAGAUGGGGGUGGGUACCUAGCUUGAGUGUGAACCUGCCAUGAAUCCUCAUAUAAAAAAUUCUCCAUUGGGGGAAUGAGUGUUGAAGAGGUGUGUAUGCAAAUGAGCAUUUGGAGUUUCCAUGUAUUCAAGGAGGAGGUUUUAUGGUGGAAAGAGAACAUGAGAGUCACAGUGGGUGCUCUUUAUGGGCCACAUAGGUGUAUGCCCUGGUAUAUGAGUAUAGUGGUGUCCUGGUUGCUAGCUGUGCCUGUGAAGCCCAAAAGUGUAAGUGACGUGUGGGGCAUGCUUCCCCAUUAUUUCACUCACGUAUGUGUGCAUCUGGCUGUUUUGUAUGUGUGUCACUGCAGUGGCGGGUAAUGGACAUCAUCCUGGGGAUGUAUCACGGCAUAGGUCAUUCCUAGUGUGCUUGGCCAUGUCAGCUUGUGUGUUCAGAGCAUGUACACAAAUGCAGCCAUCAAUUUCUA